AUGGAGGUUCCGACAAGUUAGUAGGCUUAGAGGAGCCUAGCUGUCAAGUAAGCUCUAACAGAUUGGGAAAUUGAAAGUCUUAUAUUACAGUAAUCGAUUAUAUAUUGUCAAAAACUGUAUAAAUUACUUACAUCAAUUUUGUUCUCCCUGAUCAUCUCUGUUGGUUUUCUCCUCGUCGGUGGCCCUGCCACACAACUACCACCUUCCUCAUUCCGCCACCGUUGCCCCACCCAAACUACCAUUAUUGAAAAAACUGAGAUGCUGGUUUCAUUCCUCGGGAGUGCUACUUAGUAAAGCUGAUCAUAGAAUCCCUGAUCACAAUAAAAUACAGUGGAUCACAUGGCCGGUUAGCUCAGUCGGCAGAGCGUCCUGCUAAUAACGCGAAUGUCUUGGAUUCGAGCCCCAUAUCGAGCAAGUAGAUUUUUUUUUUAUUUAGCGAACGUUUCUUACUUAUGUAGUACCAUGUGAUCAACUGUAGGCAUUUUAUUUUGAUCAUGGAGUUUACUUGUGGCCGAACUGACCUGUGGCCGAGUUGACUUGUGGCCGUGUUGACCUGUUUCCUUCACUGUUCCCUGAUUCUACUAAGUGCAUGGUUGGCUGGGUUGUUUUAGUGUGGAAAGAGAAAUGUUCUCGGUAAAUUGAUUCUCGAACGAGAUAACGAAAGCUCUAAUGACUUAAGCUACUGCAUGACCGUUUUUAUAUUUUAAUAACACCAAUCUCUUCUAAUUUUAAAUACAUUUUCCUAUGAAUUCGUGAUAAUUCGUUAUCACACAUAGACUUGUGCUAAAUGCGUCACAAAGUUCUGAUCACGCAUGUGUGUCUGCAAAAUGCGUGCUUCAUCCACAAUCACUUUUAAAUGCGGGACCAUCCCGCACGAUGCGAGACGGUUGGUAACUAUGUAUCAUCAUCUUCAUCAUUAUUAUUGUCUUGAUAACGUGGUUUUGGACACGCCCAUAUUUCUGUGGUGGAUGAAAGUCGUGAGGCUGUAUAUGAUAACAUUAGAGAUAAAGUUAAAAAUAUCCAUUUAUUCAAUCAAUUUGCUGUAGGAUCUUGUAGACGACAUUAAAAAGGAAACGAGUGGAAAUUUUGAAAAGGUGCUUCUAUCUCUGUUGGAUCUUCCCCCGUUGUUUGAUGCCAAGUGUAUCGGUGCUGCUAUGAAGGGUGCAGGAACUAACGAGAAUAUCCUGAUAGAAAUUUUGUGUACUCGGAGCAGUUCGCAAAUCAAGGCCAUCAAAGUAGCUUACAAAGAAGGUUUCGGUCGUAAUCUUGAGGACGACUUACGAAGUGAAACAAGAGGCGAUUUUGAGCGUAUGCUGGUCGGACUGUCUGCUGCCGGACGAGAUGAUUCAACAGAGGUUAACCACGAAAAAGUUGAUGCGGAUGCAAAAGCCCUUUAUGAGGCUGGAGAGAAGAAGUUUGGGACCGACGAGUCUGAAUUUCAGCGAGUGCUACUUGGAAGAAGUUAUGAACACCUGAGGGCGGUAUUUGAUGCUUACUCAAAUAUCUCUAAGAAGUCCAUAGAAGAGGCAAUUAAAAGCGAAAUGUCCGGUGACUUAGAGAAAAGUUACCUUACUAUAGUCAAGUGUAUCCGUAACCCGAGUGAAUUCUUUGCGGAUGUACUAGCCAGCUCGAUGAAAGGAAUGGGCACAAAUGAAGCAAAACUGAUUCGCUGCUUGGUUUCACGUAGUGAAGUUGAUCUGGGCACAAUAAAGGAGGCGUAUGCUGCCAAGUAUGGAAAGUCACUCCGUGAUACUAUUAAAGGUGAAACGCGUGGUGACUUUGAAAACGCGUUACUUGCUAUCAUUCGUGAGCAGUGAAUUUAGAUUUAAUCAGAUAAAACAUUCUCUUCUGUUCUACUCUUCUCCUGAAAUCUAGGCGUUUAUGACUUUUGUUCUAAAAUUUGUAUCUGGUAAUUAAAAAAUGAAAUAAAUACACAGCAUGAAUUACCUUAACUGCAAUAUUUAAAGUCAAUUUAAUUAUUCAAGUUUAUAUGUAAGAUAAUGCUUUACCAACGUAUGUAAAACUGAGUAAUUAAUAUUAAGCAGAAAUUAUCAUGUGUAAUGUUGAUAAUUAGUAUACAACUGAAAUUAUCAAGUAUGUAUUAAUCAACUAAUUAAAGUAAAAAAGUCUUGAGAAAUCUAAUGCUAACAUAAAAUGAGGCAAAUCAAUAGUCUUUGUGUUACAAAUGUGUAUUUCUCAAAUCUAUUAUGCAAUCAUUAUUUGGCAAUAUAGAAUCAUACCAUGCCAACAAACUACUGUAGUCAUGGUGGGGCAGUACAGUAAAACAGUAGGCUUCAUUAAUGGUACGUUCACAGAAGAAUGUAACACACUGAUAGAACUCGUCCUCAGUGACGAGUUCAAAUCUAGUUUAUUCUUCUUUCUUUCUCCCCUUUUCUGUUCGCACGAUAUCUCAAAAAGGGGUUUUGACAUUGCGACUCUUCAGCAUCAUGAUACACACUUUUGUGUAUUAUAAAACCUCGUAAUUACCUUAUUCUAUGUCCAGACUUAGGCCCUAUCCACAGCAAAAAUAUAAAGGGUCGAAAAUGUUUAAACAUUCUACUAUUUCUGUUAAUAGUUCUAAAUUAUUUAAUAUGAUAUAAUGAAAUAUGAUUUCCUAUAUGAAUAAAAUUAAUAAAAUUUAAAAAUCAAUCAGGCCUCUAUUUCAAUAAGGCUAAUUAAUUGUUCAAGACAGGGACCAGCAUAGUUUCUCUUGACGUCAUCUCCUAUACUUCGCACAUAAAGUUCUUGGUAUCUUCCGCUAACCUGGUCUAAAUCAACCUGUAGACGUUUAUAAUAAAUUAACUGUCAGGAACAUGAUAUUUUAGAAAUGGUUGUAAUAUUGCAAUGUGUACACACCUUGUUCUUUGUGUUUGUGUCAUGAUGGGCACUUCUAUAGUAAAAUGCAAUAAAUGAAGGUCUAUUACGAAA